AUGUGAAGUUGGGUUGGGUGGUGAUUGGACUGUUAUUGUUGUGUUGUACCUAUGGUUGUGUUUGUGAGUAACAUUAACAUUUAACAUUAAAAACAUAAUAACAUGUCCCAUCGUUUAUUCUCUUGAAUCGAGGAAGCAAACUUUGUGAUAAGCAUUCAACUAAAUUCAAUUGAUGUUAAUGGAGGGAUCCAUUGUGAUGAUGAUGAUUCACGAAAAUGCUCAAAUCUAAACACCAUUUUCUCUCUCUCUCUCUCUCUCUCUCUCUCUCUCUCUCUCUCUCUCUCUCUCUCUCUCUCUCUCUCUCUCUCUCUCUCUCUCUCUCUCUCUCUCUCUCUUAUUCUUUCUUUCUUUCUGCACUUCACUUCACUUCACCACCAAACAAAACAACAAUACAAACCCCACCACCCUCUUCUUCAUUUUUCUUCUAACCGCUAAAGUUUGAAACUUUCUUUGACUACUUAUCUCUCUCUCUGAAGUGGGUUUUGCUUUUGUUUCACAGAAAUCAGGUGUUUUCAAUUAGGCUUGUAGCAUUGCCACAAUGAUAAAGCAAAUUCUUAGCAAAUUACCUAAGAAGUUGCCAAAAUCUGACUCAUCAGAUUCUGCAAGGAGUGAUUCGGGCAAUAGUACUACUACUUUUGGAAAUGUAUUUCAGUGUACAAAUGUUGGAAGCACCAUUUCAAGCAAAUUAAAUGUUGUGAAAAGGGUAUCUUCUGUUGUUUUUCCUGCAAGCAUGAGUGCUGGUGUGGAAGCAGUUGACCCUUCUCUAUCAUUCAAAGAUGUUUCAAACACACAGAAGCAAAACCUUUUUAUCAGUAAGUUGAAUCUUUGCUGCAAAGUUUAUGACAUGAGUGAUCCUGAUAAGAACUGUACUGAGCAAGACGUUAAACGACAAACAUUGUUGGACCUCGUCGAUUUCGUUUCUUCUGGUUCAGUAAAGUUUACAGAACCAGCAAUCGCCGCGUUGUGUAAAAUGUGUUCGACCAAUUUGUUCAGGGUUUUCCCACCUAAGUUUCGUUCGAGUACUAGUGGUGGCGAAACCGAAGAUGAUGAACCUAUGUUUGAUCCUGCUUGGUCUCACCUGCAAGUUGUAUAUGAUCUACUCCUUCAGUUCAUCAAUUACAACUCUCUUGACGUGAAGCUUGCAAAAGCACAUGUAGAUCAUGGUUUUAUUUUAAGAUUACUUGAACUUUUUGAUUCUGAGGACCCUAGAGAAAGAGAUUGCUUGAAAACAGUUCUGCAUAGAAUCUAUGGGAAAUUCAUGGUUCAUAGGCCUUUUAUAAGGAAAUCUGUUAGCAAUAUCAUCUACCGGUUUGUUUUUGAGACUGAGCGGCAUAACGGAAUUGCCGAGCUAUUGGAGAUUUUUGGUAGUGUUAUUAGUGGAUUUGCCUUGCCAUUGAAGGAAGAACACAAAAUAUUUUUGUGGAAGGCUUUGAUUCCUUUGCACAAACCAAAAUCUAUUGGUAUUUAUCAUCAGCAGUUAACAUAUUGCAUUGUACAGUUCAUAGAUAAGGAUCAAAGACUUGUUGGCUCAGUGAUAAAGGGACUAUUGAAGUAUUGGCCAGUUACAAAUAGCCAAAAGGAGCUUAUGUUCAUGAGUGAGUUGGAAGAGGUUUUGGAAAUGACUAGCAUGGCUGAAUUUCAGAAGAUUAUGGUGCUGCUGUUUCGACGAUUGGCUUGCUGCCUUACUAGCUCUCAUUACCAGGUGGCGGAACGAGCUCAUUUGCUAUGGAACAACGAGCACAUCCUUAAUCUCAUAACGCAAAACCGACAAGUGAUUCUGCCUCUCGUAUUCUCCGCACUUGUACAUAACUCCCAGAAUCACUGGAAUCAAGCAGUGCUGAACCUGACUCAGAACAUAAGGAAGAUGCUAUCUCAGAUGGACGAGGAUCUAGUACUCGCCUGCCAACGCAGGAUCGAAGAGGAAGAUUCGAAGUCAAAUGAUGUAGCCGAGAGGCGAAGAAUAACAUGGGAACGCCUAGAAGAAGCUGCUUCCAACGUCCAAUCUGUCAGUGGCGCCGGCGAUAUUUUAGUCCCAGUAAAAUCUGCUGCUGCUACAUGCUCUGUGGCUUGCUAAUUGAAUUGCAUUUGAGUAAUGUUUUGAAUGAUGUAAGGGGUUCUAAUUUACAUAGUGGUAUUUGUGUUUCUUCAGUUUUUAAGAUGCCAUUGCCAAUAGGGUAUGCAUAGCAUAUCAUUUAGCACACCUUCAAAUUGUGUUGUUUAGGGAUUUGAAUUGACUGCAAUCACGGUUCCGCGCAUUCAUGCAGUUAGCACAUAUCAGACGGUCCAAAUUUCAAUGCAAUUUUUUUAUUUUGUUUUAAAUCUAAAUUAUCAAGCUUAUAAUUUGGACCAUUCCAUCUUGAUUCAUCUAAUAGUCACUGAUAUGCUGACUGUGUGAAUGCAUAAGAAUUGUGAAUGCGGACAAUGUUGAGUAGGUGAUUAUGUGUCGGUGACUCAUUCGUGCAUGCAAUUAUAUGCAGUGUCAGCAAGACCCUGUAACCUUUCACCUUUUGUUCAGUUUUUCUUACCUCAUGGCCCACACUUUUGCCUCUUUACACUGCCAAUAUAAAAGAGUGUGUACCUGAAUGGGGUGUCAUUGCUAGUAUGCUACUACAUUCAUUGGCUACUAUACUAGUAUAUGCUAUGUGGAUCUUUAUGCUAUGUGGAUCUAAAUGCCAACUGAGAUUUUACUUGUAAUGUUCAUUCCUUGUCUAUUUUACUA